UUUUUGUUAUUAUCUGUGUCUCUUAUCACCAACCAUGCUUAUGGAGGCUGAUUGUCAAAGCAAAAUUAAAUUUUACGUAAAAGAAAAAAAAGGGAAACCAUGAUUGUAGGGAAAUGACCUGGAUUAUUAAAAUUGGUGAACAAUUUCACCCUUGGCAACAAGAAACAGUUUUUUUUGAAUCAACACCUUGACAAGUUCAUAAAAUGACUUGAGGAUGCAGACAGGAUGUAGCGAUAUUUUAGAGGCUAAAGUUGCUGAACGCAAUGAAAAAGCCAAAAAGCUAUAUCGGUAUGUGAGUGACGCCGCUAGACGUGUCGACGAGGCGUCAGCGGCCAGCCGCUCUAUAGUCGACCUAUUUUCCACCAAAAUAGAAGUUCUUCGUCAAAAACUCAGAGACAAUUGCGAAAAAUUGCUCUUUCUCGACCCAUCAAACUAUGGCAAGAAAUCCCUUGAGCUUCUAUGGAGGAAGGGAUACUACGAAACUGUAUCAGCGGCAAGGAAAUAUCAGGAAUCUGAUACUGCUAUAGAUAAUUUUCUGUUUACGCAUAUUGGGUGUGGAAUAGGUCAUUUUCAUCACAUCUUGAACAGGAUGCAAGCUAUAACGAAAAUUUUGCCUGGAGAAUUGGACUAUGAGCUCAUGCUCGAGGAUGGAGAGUCAGAGAGUGAAACCCAACUUAGCGAAGAAGAGGUACAGCUGGGGCGCUAUGUAAUUUAUCAAUGCUUGAUCUACCUAGGGGACUUAAGUCGGUAUCAAGUAGAAAUAUUCGAAAACUAUGAGCCUUCAACAGCAGCUCGCUAUUACCUCCAAGCUGCUCAUAUUGACAUGUGCUCGGGUAUGCCAUUUAACCAACUAGGCAACCUAUAUCUUGAUAAAAAUUACAACUUAGACUCUGUUUGCUAUUACAUCCAUUGCCUUAGCUGCACCACACCUUUUGAAGGUGCUACUGGUAACUUGGUAAAGAUUCUAGAAAAACAAACACAAUAUUGCGAAACUUUAAACGAUGCUGAAACUUACACACAAGCAGAACACAUACAAAACACAGUCGCAAACUUUCUAUCGCUAAUUGACAUAUGGUAUUUUAGCAAAAAUGACACUAAUGUGCCACAGAGGUGUAACAAAAUAGCCCAAGAUCUGAGAAUAGCAAUGGAAUUUGCAAAAUCCCCAUUUCCUGAUAUGAAUAAGAAUUAUACUGAGUAUACACAGGCUGUUGAAGAAGAAAGCACUACUCCAUCCUAUUUAAAUGGCAAUCUUGUCCAUAAAAUGGUACAGAUUUGCCUGUUUACAAUAUCAAAAAUGAUGGAAAUAGAUGAACAAAAAGCAUUUGCAGGCAAAGCUUUCACACUUGCAUUACUCUCCCAGCUGUUACAGAAAUUGCUUAAGCAAAUGGAAGAACUCGGUUUUAAAAAUCCUGCUCGAAAAUAUAGAGUCAGAUCUGUAUCGACAAUUGAAGUGGAAUCUGAAAAACCUGACAACCAGGCUAAUAAUACUAAUGAAUCUGAAGUAAUAGAAGAUACCAUCAUCAAUAAAGAGAAAACACCACCACAGACUGAAACUGAAGAUGCAAAAGAAACAUCUGAUGGUGAUAAUAAAAAGUUAGAAAAUGGUGACAGUAAGCCAAAUCUUAAAAAGACAAAACGCAGACGCAGGAGAAGGGUUGAUUCCUCUGAGAGUUCAGAUUUGAGUGGUUCAGAUAGUGAAAGUAGUAUGACUUCAGAUGAUGCUUGUUCUGAUGAUAUAGAUGAUGAUGAUAUAACAGAUUCAACAUACAAGUCUGAUGAUGAAUCUAGAAGUGGGGAAUCCAUAUUUGAGGAUUCUGAUGAAGAGGAAACAUUAGAAAAUCUAAAUGGAGAUGUGGAAAAAUCUCCUAAGCCAAUUGAAGAUCCUAUUUCUAAAGUAAAUGGCAUUGAUCACAGUCAAAAGAAUAACACUAAAAAACAAGAAAUUGAAUUGAAAGAAGAAGAAAUUCAAGACUUCUUAAUGGGUGAUAACUAUUUGCCAAGCAUCAAGCUCUUACUAGACUGGGUGCUUUUAGAAAAAGAAUUGAUCCUAUCCUGUGGGGACAGUGGUGAGUCACUCUUCCAAUGUGUUGUUGAUCUGCUAAAUAUUUUCACAUUUUACUUUUACCCCAAAAACAAUGAAGUUCCUGGCAAAUUGAAAAUCUUAGCUUAUGCCAAACAUAUUGCUAUGAAAUUAAAGUUGGAAUACAAGAAGAUACCUCUACCAGAAGACCUAAAUUUACGGGGCACUAACAUAUGUAAAUUUGACAAAGAUGCUGCAGAAUGGCAGGUAUUAAACAAGUACCAACCAUCAGUGUAUGAAGAAAAUGUAAUAAGGAUCCUGAAUUUUAUUGACUUUGGCAAUCAAAUUGCUAAAAUUGUCCCUAGAAUCAGAUUUAACAGAUCUAUGAAGAUAUUCUAUUUCAAGAAGACUUCAGCUCCGAAAUUGAACACUAAAAUAAACCACAAGAAAAGUAGAGAAUGGCACAAUUCAAAGACACCCCAUGAGGGCUCCGGCGGCCUCCUCCGCCGCCUCGGGCGCCUCUGGCUGACGGCGCAGGUGCGCGAGCUGGAGCGCAGCCCCUCCGCGCCCUCGCUGCUAGCCCUGGACGCGGCCGCCAUGCACCUGCAUCUGCGGAAGGUGAAGCAACUGCUGAAGGCGCGCUCGUUCGUCCUGCUGGUGCCGACUGUCGUGUUGCAAGAGCUAGACGACCUCAAGCGCUCAGAGCACAGCGCGCGCGAUGCCAUCCGCUGGCUCGAAGCGGCCCUACGGAGCGGGUCGCGCUUCCUGCGCGCUCAGAGACCGGGGCAAUCGCGCCCGCUACCAUUACUUAAGUAUCCUAAAAAGGCUCCUCCACAUGUGACAAACUUCAUCCAAAUCCUCGAGUUCUGCCACCACCUAACGGCAGACGAGAAGCAGAGCGGGCAGGGCGAGCCCGACCGCGGCAAAACCAACAACCUGCUGAUACUACUUGUCGGCAACCAGCCGGGCACUGACGAGUACAAGGAGUUCAGCGUGACGGGCGCCGCGCAGGCGGCUGGCGUUACUGUGCAGUACAUAGGUGAUUUCUAUGCGAAAUGGCGCCAGACCAUAAACAAAACCGGCAAGAAAAGAUGAACCCGUUUUUGUCGCGUCACGGACUUGGCUGAACAAUCGAAGAUCGAAUCGGUAAUCGAUGCGAAUCGCCGCGGCGAUGAACCAAGAGAAUCGAUAAUCGGUGGUCAUACAUUAUCUAUGGUCUUUGUAACUUUUUUAAUGGAACCAUCUUUUUAUUUUAGAAAAUGUAAUAGCUUAAUGCAUUUUUAUCAUUGUAGAAUUAUCGUUAACAAAUCAUUCAUUUUAAGAAUAACCAUUUUACAUCGUCGUCAUUACUUUCAUUGUCAUUCUUGGGGAUUUUCAUUUUCGACUCCAUAACAUGCAUUUUCAGAUUUUUUACGUUUUAUUUGGCUUAAUAUGUAUUGAUUUCUUAAGAUAUGAUAUUAUUCAUUUCAAUAAAUAUUACGUUCACAAAA